UGGAAUAUACUCAAGAUGCAAAUAAGUUCGGCUCUCGUUGGUCUCCUAUUCGUCGUUCUCCAGGUGAGAGGUCUCCUCUGCCUGGAUCUGGCUCGUGGCGCACUGAUGGGGCGCAUCAGUGGCGGAGAGGAGGCCCGCGAGCAUCAGUUUCCCUAUCAAGUGGGUCUAUCAAUAGGGGAGGCCAAUGACUUGUUUAGUUGGUGCGGAGGUAGCUUGAUAUCGAAUCAAUAUCUCCUGACGGCUGCGCACUGCGUGGAGGAAGCCAUCUCCAUCACGUUCUACUUGGGCGGAGUGCAGCGACUGUCUCCCAAACAGCUAAUGCGUACGAACAGUCCCGUGGUGUACCUUCAUCCUGACUGGAACAGCCAAACUCUGGAUAACGACAUUGCCCUGCUUCGCUUACCCGAGGCUGCUGUCUUUAGCAGCGCCAUACAAGUCAUCAGACUGCCGGGAAUGGCCUCAAGACAUGUCAGCUACGACUACGUCCCUGCCACAACCUCUGGAUGGGGUCGCAUGAAUGAUGAAUCCACUUUCAUUUCCGAUCAUCUGCGUUAUGUCGUGCAGUUUGUGGAGUCGAAUGAGGAUUGCCGGUACUCCUUUGCCAACAUCAAACCGACCAACAUCUGCAUGGAUACAACCGGCGGCCGAUCGACCUGCACCGGAGACUCUGGAGGUCCUCUGAUCUAUCAUGACACCUUGCAGCAUGCCGAUAUCCUGAUCGGUGUCACUUCCUAUGGCAAGAAGACGGGCUGCACCAAGGGCUAUCCCUCGGUCUUCACCCGCGUCACAGCCUACUUGGAUUGGAUAGCGGAGGUGAGUGGAGUUCAGUGGGACGAGCCCAGAUCACGUAUACUUUUCAUAGGUAGCCCAAUCAUGAAAGUGCUCGUUGUAUUCGCUUUGGCUUUGGCCUACGCCUCGGCAUCGGCUCUGCGCGGUGUCCAGACCGGACCCGACGGACGCAUCACCCACGGCGAGGAUGCCCGCACCGACCAGUUCCCCUACCAGGUUGGACUAUCCCUGAAAAUCGGCUCCUCUUCGGCCUGGUGCGGUGGCUCCCUCAUCGGAAACGAGUGGGUCCUGACUGCCGCUCACUGCACUGAUGGCGUUGAUUCCGUUGAGGUCUAUCUGGGUAGCACUGUGCGCUCCAGCCCCAAGGUCAAGCACCACGUCACCAAGGACGACAUCAUCAUCCACGCCGACUGGAACAGCCGCACCCUGAGGAACGACAUCUCUCUGAUCCGCAUUCCCCGCGUCGAGUACAGCGGCGCCAUCCGUGCCGUUGAGCUGCCCCGUGAAGAGUCCCACUACUCCUCCUACGAUGGUGAUGAGGUCAUCGCCUCCGGCUGGGGCCGCACCUCCGACGACUCCAGCGCCGUCGCCGCCCACCUCCAGUACGCCCACAUGAAGGUCAUCUCCAACAGCCAGUGCAAGCGCACCUACUACAGCACCAUCCGCGACUCUAACAUCUGCGUCUCCACCCCCGCUGGCGUGUCCACCUGCAACGGAGACUCCGGUGGCCCUCUGGUCCUGGAGCACAGCAAGGUCCAGGUUGGUCUGACCUCCUUCGGCUCUGCCGCUGGCUGCGAGAAGGAGUACCCCGCUGUCUUCACUCGCGUCACCAGCUACUUGGGCUGGAUCCAUGAGCACACCGGCAUCUCUCGUUAAUUUGCUGAUGUUUCUUCUCCUUUUGUUCGGAGUAAUAAAGAAUAGAUUUUGAAAAAA